AUGAAUACGUUACAGUACAUUAUCAUCACCAUCACAUUAUCCGUCAUCGCCACCGUAUCCUCCGGUUUCAACAUUACCGAUAUGUUGUCGCGGUUUCCACAAUACAGCAUGUAUAACAACUACCUGACCCAAACAAAACUUUGUGACGACAUAAACAUUCGAAAUACAAUCACUGUCCUUGUGUUUGACGACACGACGAUGAAAACACUCGUUGCCAACCAGCCGCUUCCGGUUGUCAAAACCUUGUUGGGUAUUCAUGUUUUAUUGGAUUAUUUUGAUUAUGAUAAACUUUUGGAUAUAUCAGAGGGUACCGUAAAAUCAACGACGUUGUAUCAAACAACAGGAAAUGCCGUUGGUGAAACCGGUUAUGUUAACAUAACGGAUUUGGUUGGUGGUCAGAUCGGGUUUGCAUCCGCUCAAGGAUCCAAACUCGUAUCUUUAUAUACCAGAUCCGUUAUGAAAAUGCCUUACAAUAUUUCCAUUGUUGAAGUUAAUUCACCAAUCAUUCCACCUGGUAUAUUGGGUGCAAAUACAACUUCACCGUCUUCAAAUGUUAAUAUAACCAGCGUUUUUGAAAAUGCUGGUUGUAAGACAUUUGCCAGAUUGGUUGUGGAAUCAGGUGUUUUAAAAGUGUAUGAGACCGCACAGCCCAAUGGGCUCACGGUGUUUGCACCUACGGAUUCCGCUUUUAAAGCACAUGGGCUACCAAAUUUAAACAAUGUAACAAAUAGUGAUCUUAUUUCGUUGUUAUUGUUUCAUGGUAUUUCAAGUUACAUUCCUAAAGCUAGUUUGAAGAUGGAGCAUGGACCGGUUAAUACAUUAGCCACACAUGGUGAUUUGUUAUACAAUUUCACAGUUCAAACAAAUGGUGAUUCGGUUACUAUUGAUUCUGGAGUUGACAUUACGCGUCUUGAGACCAUGGUUCUUGAUUCUAUUCCUGUAUCAGUUUUUAGAAUCGAUAAUAUUCUUCUUCCAAAAUUGUUGUUUCACAAAUCUAGAGUUUCUGCACCUGCCCCUGCCCCUGCCCCAGAAAGUAGUACUGCUUCUGGACCGAUUGCUUCAUCGCCUGCCCCUGAAGCGGAUACUUCACCAGAGGAUUCGCCUCCUGCUCCUCCAGCUACAUCAGUCUCAUCAUCUCCGAGUAGUGGUCUUGCUCCGGCGGAUGGCCCGGCUGCAGAUAUGGGAACCAGCAAUGCGAGUGAGGCAUACAAGGGUAACAAAGCCUCAAUGCUGUUGGUAGCUCUAGUUACAUUAUCAUUUUCUGGCAUUAUGUCAUUUAUUGUUGCUUAG